AUGGACGCUCUCAAGCCUUUCCUCCCCGAAGCCAAGGGUGUUCUGCCCUACUACAUGAUCAUCCUCUCUAUUAUCUCCAUAGGCAACUCACUGCAGGCGUACACCACCCUGCACUUUUCCCGACGAGUCUAUAACGGUCGAUUCAUUCGCAACCCCAAGCUUCCCACCAAGACCAAGAACUUCGAACCCGAAGACCAGGCCAACAAGCUGGUUCCCGCUCAGAACGACCCCAAGGCCACCGACCAGUUGACUCCCCUCGCUGGUAGACUUUUCGGCACUUGGACUCUUAUCACUUGCAUUGUUCGAUGCUACGCCGCUUACAACCUUCACAUUGGUCCUGUCUACACCCUUGCUUACUGGACCUACAUUGUUGCCUUUGGCCACUUUGCCAGUGAGCUUUUCAUCUUCAAGUCCAUGACUUUCGGUCUCCCUCAGUUCUUCCCCUUCUGCCUGGCUUCCACUUCUCUGAUCUGGAUGCCCCUUGUCCGCGACUACUACGUCCAGUACAACUAA